AUGUCAGACAUAAACUCUAUUCUGCAUGCCUUUCGGGCUGCUCGCGAACAAAAAUUGCUGCGUGUGAUGAGAGAGAUUGUCCAGACCACAGGCCCCACCUUUGAGCAGAGACUGCUGGGAUUUCGAGGCAUUGAUACAGUGGACCCUAUCAACGUUGAGGCAGUCCUUAGCACGCAUUUCUCUGACUUUGGUUUGGGGGAGCGUCGACUCGUUUUCGCGCCUUUGCUAGGUCAAGGUAUCUUCACACAAGAUGGAAAGCCAUGGGCGCAUUCACGAGCGCUCUUGAAGCCUGCCUUCAGUCGGCAAGAUCAAUCGAUGGCCCAAAUUGCAGAGGUAACUGAUCAAUUACUCAACCUCAUUCCAGUAUCAGGUUCUUUCAUCGAUGACGAAAAUACAUUCGCCAUUGCUUUUGAUAAAGGUCAAGAUUAUCUUGCUCAGAGUGGCCGAUUGGGUGGGCUCCAUUGGCUCAUCGAUAGCUCCGACUUUCGCAUCCAGUGCAAACGAGUGCACGAGCACGUAGACAAUGCUAUCAUGCAAGUAUUGCAAGAGCAAGAUACCGGCGAUAAACAAUCGACACAAUCGAUCUUGCAGGAUCUCGUGCAGCAGUCGACAGAGAAAAAGGUCCUUCGCGAGCAAUGUCUCAACGUGCUCCUUGCGGGAAGAGAUACGACCGCGUGUCUGCUGAGUUGGACAUUUCGCCUUCUUGCGAAACACUCGGCUGUAUUCAAUCGGUGUCGAGAAGAUAUCCUCAACUCCUGUGGUUUUAGUGGCCAGAUAACUCGCCAAAAGAUCAAAUACCAUAUGGAUGACUUACCACUCAAAGUUCUGCGUCUGUAUCCAUCUGUGCCCAUCAAUUCACGCACAGCCACUCAUACAACGACUCUUCCAACUGGCGGAGGUCCCAAUGGUACUGCUCCCAUAUUGGUGCGAAAGGGAGAAGCUGUUGGCUAUUGUCCGUACAUCAUGCAUAGACGGCAGGAGACAUUCGGGCCUGAUGCUGAAGCCUUCCGCCCAGAGCGUUGGCUUGAAAACGGUAGUCAAGCAGGCUACGUCGUAGCGCGAAUGCUACAAAAGUUCUCAAGUCUACGUCUGCCGAAGGAGGAGCCUAUGGAAGCAAUAGGAACCGAGAAACAAAAGCUCACGCUCGUCAUGUGCAGCGCAAUUGGAUGCAACGUAGUUCUGACCUGA